AAUUCUUUUCCAACUAAGUAAAAACCCUAGAGAAGAAAAAGCCACACACAUAAAAUAAUAUUAUACUCAUCGCUCGUCUCUGUCUAUCUUCUCUGCACUCUGAUCUAAGAUUUCUUCUUCUCUUCUCAUCUUCCAAGAGAGAGAUGGCACUCGAAUCAAAUGCUCCAUUGGCGGAUCCACACAUUGUUGGGAAUGCGUUUGUUAAGAAAUACUACAACCACUUGUACGAAUCACCCUCACAAGUGCAUCGGUUCUAUCUCGAGGACAGUGUUUUAGGGAGGCCUGGUUCUGAUGGAGAGAUGGUCUCUGUCAACUCCUUAAAAGCUAUUAAUGAGCAGAUCAUGUCCUUUGAUUACGAGAACUCAAAGAUUCAGAUUUUGACUGCUGACUCCCAAGCUUCUUACAUGAGCGGAGUUGUUACUUUGGUCACGGGCUUGCUCACCGUGAAUGAUGGAGAGAGGAUGAGAUUUUCUCAGUCUUUCUUCCUCGUGCCGCAGAAAGGAAGCUACUUUGUGCUCAACGAUGUGUUUAGGUAUGUCUCUGAUGAGCUUGUUGUUGAACCAGAAGCUAACAAGAAGGAGGUUGAGGAGGAGGUGACUCCUCAAGCAGUCCAAACAACAACAGACACUAUUAUCAGCAUAACUAUGUCAAAUGGACAUCCCAUAACAGAAGAGGAAAAAGUUGUGAACGAUAUUAUCAGCAACGGUGUGGAUGCUCCCAAGAAAUCAUUUGCAGUAAUUGUCCAGUCCCCAGCUAAAGUUGGUGCUGCCUUCAAUGUCAAAGCUUCUACUGCAAAGCCUAAGCCUGUUAAAAAGCUGAGCGCUGCUCUUGAGUCCAAAGCUCCUGCGCCUGUUUCCCAAAUCGACAACCAAUCAGCUGAGGGUGGUUCUAUAUUUGUUGCGAACUUGCCUAUGGAUGCGACACCCGAGCAGCUCAACGAAACAUUCAAAGGGUUUGGUGCCAUUAAGAAUGAUGCUAUCCAAGUUAGAAGUUACAGACUAAAAGGAAACUGUUUCGGGUUUGUGACAUUCGAGUCUGCUGAAGCUGUGAAACUGGUCCUCCAGGCUCACAAGGAGUCAGCCAUUAGAAUCGGAAACAGAAGAGUUUCCAUAGAAGAGAAACGAGGCAACAACGAGAAUGGCAGAUCUUCAACGAGAAACGGAGGUUAUAGGAGCGAGAACGGUUACAGAAACGACGGGUUCAGGCCUAGGGGCAACGGUUUCAACGGAGGAGGACGAGGCCAUGGAGGAAAUGGAUAUGAGAGAAGAGGAGAAUCACGCAAUGCUGAGGCCAAUAAUAAUGGUGAUGGCAGCAGGGCUUAUCAGAAUGGUUUGGUGAAAUCUAGCCGUGAAAAUGCUCAAGCCAGAGGCUAAAGAGAGUUUUAAAACUAUGUUGUUGUUGUUGCUUUAUUCAUCUGAAAUUGAGAAUCUGAAAGUUUUUAUAGGAAGAGAAGAGAGGUAGUGAUUAGAAGUUUUGUUGACACUCCUUUCAUUUGAGAUUUUGAUAAUUUUUUUAAUACCA